AUGACUCUCACAAGUGUUUUGAUGCUGUCCAUACUGGUAAUCGCUCCAGCGAGUUCGAUCCAGGUGAUGUUUGACUCCGUCAGUAACUGCAACGGGAGUGGGGUUAUCGAUUGCAACGUAAGGGUUCACAAAAUCAACAAAACAACGGCAGCUCUCAUGGGAGAACUGGUGCAAAACAUGGAAGUAGACGACAGUUAUGUGGGUUCAGUGGAACUGCACCACAGCGCGUUGGGCAACAAUCAGUUCAAUCGCUACCCGAUGAAAAUGGGACCGACUGGGAUGUGCGACUUUCUGGACAAGUACUGGGACGAUUACUACGAGUACGCCGUCAAGUACGUACCGAACAUUGUGAAACCACGCGAGUGUCCGUUUGGAGCAAAGACUUACCAGAUAGCGGAUUGGAUCAUGGACUCCGAAAUGCUGCCCCAGUUCGUGCCAACGGGACUUUGGAAGGUGAUCAGUUUGCUGACCAGCACUAAAAACGAACACUUUUUUGUGAUUGAAAUUAUUUUCAAAGUGUACGAGGACGGUUAUUUUUAA